AUGCCGGUGACUCGAGUGCAUCCCAUCAAUGCCUCCGAGCCACUGGAGAUCGAAACGCUUCCCGGAUCGACCGUGGCCGAUCUGAAGGAGAGCCUUCAGGCAAGAACUGGCAUCCGAGCAUCAGCCCAGCGCCUGGUGGCCGGCGGACCCCUCCUGCAGGAAGAUGCCCUUGUGGAGUCCUUGGACGGCCGCAUCUUCCUUGCCCAGACAUCCGACUCAGCAAAGUCCACCCAGGAUGCGGCAGCAUCGGCUCCUGCGCCGGAUGGAACGGAGAUGAAGCUUUUUAUCCGAGCUGUUUGGAGCGACGGGCGCCAAGACGACAGGACCGUGGAGGUCAAGACCCAACUGGCAGCCAGCGACUUCAAGCGCAAGGUGCUCGCUUCUUUGGGUGACGAUUUCUCAGCGGGCGGACGCUGCAGCUUCGUUUUUGCGGGCCAACUCCUGAGCUCAGAGGGGACACUGGAGGAUCAGGGCUUUGAGGAGGGCGAUACCAUCGUCGUCGUGGCGCCACGGGUACCAGCCAGUCGCCUCCAGUGUUUUUGGCAUCGUCUGGUAUGGCUCUUCAAUGGGCUUCGUGCUUUUGCUCUUGGUCUCUGGACGUUGCCCUGGACACUGGGAACUGGGCUGCGGAAUGCAUGGUACGACCCGUGGAGCAUCGUACGCCCGUCCGUGCCAGAGGAGGCGCGCCGAGGGCCUCGAAUCCGAACACUGGGCUUCACCCCGCAAAUGGCACGCUACGGUCCUGGGCAGAACCCUCGGGGGGAGGACCUGACCAUGGUGUUAACGCAAGGUCUCGUCGGCAUGAAUUGCAUGUCCGUGAUGUCGAACCCGAGGAAUUGCUAG